UGCUGCCAAUCAGUGCCACCUAUCAGUGCCAGUCAGUGCCGUGCCGCCUAUCAGUGCCAAUCAGUGCCUCCUAUCAGUGCCAAUCAGUGCCGCCUAUCAGUGCCAUAUAUGAGUGCUGCCUUUCAGUGCCCAUCAGUGAUGCCUGUCAAUGCCCAUCAGUGCCACCUAUCAGUGCCUCCUCAUCAGUGCCCAUCAGUGCCACCUAUCAGUGUCCAUCAGUGCAGCCUAUCAGUGCUCAUCACUACAGCCUCAUUAGCGCACAUUAGUGAAGGAGAAAAAUCACUUAUUUACAAACUUUUAUAA